CCGGCUCAAGGCCAUGGCCACCCAGCAUUCUUCUGUACUAAAUCUUGCCUCGCACUAAUAGGACUAAGAGAGCAGUGGUUAAAUUCUCCCAUAUCAGACAGAGUGCCUCCCAUACUCAUGGACGUGUUCUUUCUGGUGUACUCACAGGGUUUGACCAACUGACCUGGACGUGGCCAAUAGCCCUGACCUCCAACACAGCCGCCCACCACUCUGGCUGAUUGGAAGAUGUUUCCCUUCAAGGUGAGCAAAUGGGUGGGACUGGCAUGCCUCCGGUCUCUGGUGCUGUCCUCACCCAGUAUUCGUCAGAAGAAACUAAUAAACAAGCUGCAAGAGGAAAAGGCUUUUCGAGAAGAGAUGAAAAAUUUCCACGAGAAAAUAGAAGACUUCAGAGAAGAGAUAUGGGAUUUCCGAAGCAAGAUCCGGGCUUUUCGGAGCCAGAUCCUGGAUUUCCAGGAAGAAGAAAGACCUUUCUGGGAAGAAGAGAAGAUGUUCUGGAGAGAAGAAAAAUCCUUCUGGGAAAGGGAAAAAUCUUUCCGGGAAGAAGAAAAGACUUUCUGGAAAAAAUACAGAACCUUCUGGAAAGAGGACAAGGCCUUCUGGAGAGAGGACAAUGCUUUAUGGGAAAGAGACAGGAAUCUUCUUCAGGAGGACAAGGCCCUCUGGGAGGAGGAAAAGGCCUUGUGGGUGGAGGAAAGAGCCCUGCUUGCUGAAGAGAAGGCUCUGUGGGGGGAUAAAAAGUCUCUCUGGGAGGAAGAGAAUGCCCUCUGGGAGGAAGAGAAAGCCCUCUGGGUGGAAGGUGGUGGCUUCCAAAUCCUUGGGGAGCAGAGGCACCAAAAUGGCCCCUACAAUGCCAAUGGAGAGCCACAGUCCACAGCCUUCCCCCGAGGUCGUGCAUAG